AUGCCUGCGCAUUGGUCAUUGGGCCUCAUUGUAGCGCUCAAGCGCUUUGAGUCACUUGAACGCAAGCUCGCUUCUGAUAGCCGUCUUCGGGAGGCAUAUUGUAAUUUCAUGGCAGAGUACGUGUCAUUAGGUCACAUGUCCUUAGCAAAAACCGUGGGGUCAUACUUCAUCCCCCACCACGCGGUGUUCAAGUCUUCCGACGUCGAAGCGAAAAUUCGUGUURUAUUUGAUGCAUCCGCGCAGUCAAGUUCGAGCGCUUCGCUCAAUCAGUGUUUAUUCUCGGGUMCCAAACUGCAACAGGACGUGAUAGAUGUGCUCGUGCUAUUUCGCCUUUCGCGUUACGCAUUUACCGCAGAUAUAAACAAAAUGUAUCGACAAAUUUUGGUAGACCCUGAACACAGGCGUUAUCAGCAUAUUUUAUGGCGCGCUUCCCCGCAGGACGCACUUCAAGCAUUCGAGUUAAAUACCGUUACGUACGGGGUGAACUGUGCUCCUUUUCUUGCCAUUCGAGUUCUUCACCAUAUCGCCGAACAUGAUUGUGGUGAUGCCCCCGCCGUACGUGACGCAUUAUUGUUCAGUACGUACGUAGACGACAUUUGUGUUGGAGGAGAUACCAUAGACGAGGCGAUCUCACUUCAGUGUGAUUUAAUAAACGUAUUAAAACGGUCCGGUAUGAGUUUGAAAAAAUGGUCGAGCAACACCAUAGAGGUGUUAAAUCAGGUGCCCCCUGAGGACCGGGCAUGUGGGUUAUUAUCAUUUGAYGAUGAAAGUGGUGGAGGUACUAAARUUCUGGGACUCCAAUGGUCGCAACGGGAUGACACUUUUAGGUACGCCGUUCAGCCCGAAAACUUAAUCACAACUAAGCGAGGCAUGUUAUCAUUAAUUGCGCGCAUAUUUGACCCGCUUGGCUUAUUAGCGCCAGUAAUAUUUUUAGCGAAACAUUUAAUGCAACGCGUGUGGCAACUCGGGAUUUCCUGGGAUGAACAGUUGCCCCCUGAAAUCGUUGUCGUAUGGAACAGAUUCGUUGCGGAUCUCCCGAUUUUACAAACAGUAAAUAUUCCGCRUUUUAUUGGCACUCAACUAGGCGUCCAAGGUUACUUGUGUGGGUUUUGUGACGCGUCUGAGAAAGGCUUUUSGGCCGUCGUAUAUUUAAGACUUCGUAGUCGUUCUGGACCACCCGUAGUUUCCUUGYUAGGUGCGAAAACGAAGAUGGCUCCAACCAAGGCCUCAACAAUUCCACGGUUGGAACUGUGUGCGGCCGUCUUAUUAGCUCGUUGGAUGGCUCGGCUUAAAUUGACACUUGAGCGCAAAAUUAGAAUUACCCAAAGUUAUGCCUGGUCAGAUUCGACUACCGUGUUAAGUUGGCUUAAAUUACCUCAUGACAGUUUUAAAAUYUUUGUGUCAAACCGARUACAUAAAGUAACGACCUUGCUUCCCGCCUGCCAUUGGAAUUAUAUUGCGUCAACUAGUAAUCCUGCAGAUUGUGCGUCACGCGGUAUUUUCCCAACUGAACUAGUAAACCAUACACUAUACUGGAAGGGGCCGGACGUUUUGUACCGUGAUGAAACUGAAUGGGCGAUGUUAGGUCCGAAAUUACUCACCGAUGGUUUGCCGGAGAUGAAAACCGCUCCAUUAACAACGCUUAUCGCUAAUWCUAAAGAACCUCCAGAACCCGAGUGGUACGCGCGGUUUUCGUCUUACAUUCAUAUGAUUCGUGUUGUCACUCGUAUGUAUAGGUUUAUUAGUGGCUGUAGACGUCUACCUCAUAAAACSGAUUUUUUAUCACGUGAUGAAUUGGAUCACGCCGCCGUGGUCGUYGUAAAAUGUUCCCAACGGGUCGCGUUUGGCAAAUUGUUUCACGAUCUUUCAAAUAAUCUCCCGAUCAGCAUCAAACCAGUGGCACGUCUUCGUCCGUUUAUAGAUGACCGCGGGUUAAUUUGUGUAGGCGGUCGUUUGUUAAAUGCCGAUGUACCCGAGACACAGAAACACCCGAUUUUAUUAAGCAAGUCGUCCCACAUGUCUAUUUUAUUGAUUCGCCAKUGGCAMGAUAUUACCGGUCAUGGAGGGCCGAGAAUUUUGACAUCUCUUAUUAACCGUUCUUACUGGAUUCUAUCGCUUAAUACCCUUAUUAGAACCGUUCUUAGCAAGUGCACAACUUGCGUCCGUUUAGUGUCCGUCAAUCCACAACCAGUUAUGUCCGAUCUCCCUGCAUCUCGAGUGACCGAGUGCCAUCCGUUCUCGCGGGUCGGUAUCGAUUUCGCGGGCCCUUUGGUCAUGACCGAACAUCGGUUACGCAAGGCCCGUCAGUACAAGGUAUACAUAGCUGUGUUUGUCUGUUUUGUGAUAAAAGCAAUUCACCUCGAAUAUGUGKCAGAUCUGACGACAGAGGCAUUUCUGGCGGCCUUACAACGAUUCGUCGCUCGUCGGGGUCUCCCCACCGACAUUUAUACUGAUUGCGGUACUAACUUUGUUGGAGCAUCAAAUUUUUUACGUACAUUGGUUGACGACCCUAACUGUAAAGAUCGUCUCGCUGCCAGGUUCCACU